AUUCUGCAUCUCAGACCUGACCGAUUGUACCUGAAAUAUCUCUCCCGCCUCGUGUCUGUUUAUUAUCUUUACAUUUAUCACCGAGAGGAGCUGGCUACGGUGUUUUCUCAAGCCUUCGUUGUCCAUGCGUGUUAGGGGCGAGCGGCGGAGACGGCUGUUCCCCGCGCCCACGUUAUGGCAUGAAAGCGCUAUCCUGUGUCCAUCUCGCCAGUGUCAUCAAUCGGUAUGAGAUAAUGAGGCCACAAUUUGUCGUUUUAGCAGCAGGUUCCCCCUUACUGGAGCCCAGACUCCCUCCCAACACAUCGAGCGCGGAGCAUGUGCUGGAAGAACCUGGCAUCUCGGUGUACUCUCGCCUCUGCGGGUUGGACUUGGAUGUGGUGAUGGUGAAGAUUUAGUCUCCCCUGGGCCGGUGGCGGAGUGAGAGUGGUGUGUGCGUCGUCGCGUCGGCCAUGUCCCACAGUGCCCGUGACUCCUACUCAAGUUUGGCUCCGUCGGCGUGGCCCUGACGGUGGUGCGGCAUCCCCAGGCCCGGAAGCUGGCCCCCUGGAUCUGUUGAGUGUGAUACCGAGUGUGACACAGAAUUAAGAGCAGAGUUACAUAGAAAAUUCCUGCAGUUGAGGUGAUGUUCCUCUGAGUGAUCCUCGCCCGGCAGUGGAAUUUUCGUGUCAAGUUGGAAAAUAUUGACUGGAUACACUAUGAUUGGAGAUGGUUAGUGCUGGAUUAGGGUGAGGCUGGUCGGCACACCCAAUCAGGAAUGGUGAAAAGGCCGUGAGCAUGGGCAGGUAGCAGUAUGGUCUCAGGGAUUGUGGUGGGUGGCGGCACGGUCUCUCCUCACCACAAGUAUGUGGCGGUCACCCUCCUCACUGACGAGACACUCACUUUCGCUGCUGAGGUGAAAACCCGAGUCGGCGAGGUAUACAGCCAGACGUGCUCCUACCUGCAGCAGCUGGGCAUGCAAGACACUGAACUGUUUGGGCUCGUCGUCAAUAUAGAUGGAGAAAAUGUGUUCGCAGACCCCGACAGCAAGCUCAGCAAGUAUGGGCCCAAGGCGUGGAAGACGUCACUCAAUGGGAUGGACGCGAGUGGCGAACCUCUUCUACAGUUCAAAUUCCGAGUCCAGUUCUACGUGGAGACGCAUCUCUUACUUAGGGAUGGCCUCUCUCGCCUCCACUACUACCUGCAGCUGCGAGAGAACGUGUUGCUCUACCAGCAGCCCCUCACCGAAGAGGCCGCCUUUCUGUUGGCCUCGCACGCGCUCCAGGCCGACCUCGGUGACUUCAGCGAGGACCAGCACCACGGCCACUACUUCGACCCCGCCCACUAUUUCCCAUCCUGGGUGGUGGAGCGGGUGGGCGCUGGCUACCUGAUGGACCGCGCCUCCCAGCUGCACCGAGACAACUUGGGCCUCACGCGGGCGGAGGCGCAGGAGCAGUACAUCCGGGAGGCGUCGCAGCAGGAGGCGCCGCACAACCUCCACCUCUACCGCCUUCGCUACAAGAAGCAGGACCCGACCCCGACCGUAGUCACCGCCAUAUGCGCCCGCGGUCUUGAUAUUUACGAGGAGGACCCCACGGCGCCGCUCCACACGGGCAGAAAGCUGAUUCAGACCUUCCAGUGGUCCACCAUCGGCAAGCUGACCUUCGAGAAAAAGAAAUUCGAGGUGCGGGCGCUGAGCUACACCGAGAAGCUGGUCUUCUACACGACGAGCGACGAAAAGAGCAAACACCUUCUGUACCUGUGUCGCCUCACUCACCAGUUCAACAUGGCCCUGCAGCCGCGCCUCGCCGAGCUCCGCAGGGUGCAGGAGGAAGACCAAAGGCGUUACCGGGACAGUUAUAUCUACAGCAGCGACAAAUACCGGGAAAUGGGCGCCUUCUCAGACACACUGGGGAGUCUUCGAGGCUACCUGGCCAAGACCUCAGCCGACCAGCGUGUCUCCGUCAUCUCAAACACUUCUUCCAACACCACAUCUGGCAUCGUAUCGGAUCGUAUGCUCUCCAUGGACGGCAGUGAGGAUGAUCUAGACUCUGAGAUCAUGAUCAACACUCCCCCUGCGGCCAGCAUUGAGAGUGGUGUUGAGUCCCUGACCCAUUCCCUCUCCCGCCUCGACUCAUCCUCCAGCAGCCCCCAUGGUCACACUCCAGACUUUGAUGAGGAAAGCCUGAGUCAUCCCUCAUUCACCCCCCCAUCCUCCACACCUCCCUCUGGAGGACGCUUGUCAGGCUCCCUUGGCAUGUGUGGGAGUGAUGCAGGUGGAGCGUCUCUAGGCCGAGCAGGUAGUGUUCAUUCCUCCUCUUCACAGCACUCUGCUUCUACUGUCCGCUCCAGGUAUUCUCUGGUUCCACACAGAAUUCCUCCAAAGUUGACUAUGGGAGCAGAAUUGGCUCACAUUACUUUGGCACCUGACCUCCCCCACCUUGCAGACCUGCCAGGUAUGGUGGCAGACCGGCCUGGUGAUGAAGAAAGUGAUUUGUGCAGUGGAAUGUCUCACACUCAACACAACUGCUGCUCAACUUGUUGUGAUGAUGACAACACCUCUAUCACUUCCACUGACGAUGCAGAUGACAAUGAAAAUGAUCAAGAAAUCUGUAAAUGUGGGUCUUGUGCCAUGUGCAUCCUAAAGCAAACCUCUGCUGGUUUCUUGCACCGAAAGCUAGACAGUGAGAACUCUAGUGUGGCAGCACAAAGAGGAGACCCAGGACCCCAUACUUAUGAGGAUUCCUUGGAUUCUGCUAGUGCAUCUGCCCAAUUUUUUAGGCGGCCAACUUUUGCCAGUGAUGAUGCCUCAGUCAUGGUCCAGCCAGAUCUAGAUGAAUCAACAACUUCUACAUAUAAUUUUUCAGAGGAAGAGUAUAAUCAGCUGGAUAAUAAUGAUGAUUAUGUUGUUCUUUAUAAUGCUCACCCACAGUUUCAAGAGCAGGAGGAAAGUGAACAAGAAGCAGAGGAAAGAGAAGAGAGACCUCAUACCCCACCAAUAUCAAGUCAUCGUCGGAGUCCUCAAGGAGCAGCUUUGAUAUCUGGAGGUGCUUCCCCUACUGGUUCAGACCAACAUGAUGACCACAUAGAUUACUCUGUGGAAAGUGCCCAUGCAUCAUUGCUAGCUUCCUAUUCACCAGCACUAGCAAUUUCUCUUGGAGCAUAUCGGCCCAGGGCUUCAGUUUCAUCAACCUUUGACACAGACAGUGACUAUGUGCAAGUGUCUGGUAUUGAAGGACCAUUCCUGACAAUGCCUCCUGCUCCUGUCUCAAUGUCAACUGUGAAAACUGUAACUCCUGUUGCCAUAGCUUCCUCUCAUGCUAAUGCACCAUUAUCUUGUGACCCUCUAAACAGGAAUUUAGAAUCAAAUAGUAAAAGAUCAUCAUUAGCAUCUCCAGAUGCAGUUAUUAGUGAAGCAACAGUAGCCAGUGCAAGUGAGGCUCCAGCAAAGUUUAUUAAAUCAAAACCCACCAUCACUGUUCAAAAAGCUCACACUCAGUUGGCUUCCACAGCUGCCCCGUCAUUCACUUCAGUGCCAUUGAGGCGUGGUAUUGUCCACACUUUACCUCAAGUUCAGCCCAGACCUAAGAUUGAUGCAGUUCAGUCUCUUCAGCGAGGCAAUGCUCAAGUUAAUCCAGUAGGACUCCCGCCCCCAUACUCCCGCAACCAUGGCUCAAAUAAGGUUAAAGUCAGUGUCAGUGGUGCUCAAAGUAAUUUAGAAGUACCUGUCAUUAGGAAGAAUAACUACUUGGAUGUUCGUGCAUCCUCUUCCAUCAGUGAGUAUAAGACUCGUAUCCAUCCAGAGCAGCAUUCCACAGUCAUGCCAAGAAGCCUCUACCUCAGACACCAGCAGAAGGCAUUGCAACAACAGCAGCUCAAGCAGCGGCAGCAUCUCCAGCGCCUGCAACAGCGUCUUAGUAGUGAGACUGUCUACCAGCCAGCUGUCUAUGCAAAGGGUGUUGGAGUGCCACUGCUCCCCUCACCUACCCUCACAGGCUACCACCAGCCCCACCAUCACCAUCAUGCCCAAUCCUCGGGCAUUCAGCCUCAAGUUUCUAGCUACAUGCCAGCCCAGCAGCAACAACAGCAGCAACAGCAACAACACCAACAGCAACUUCAGCAGCAGCCACAGCAAGCUUACUUGUACCAUCAGCCUUAUAUAAAGAAUUUUUUCCAGAACCCUCCUCCACCUGCACCACACCUUGGUUAUGGUAUGGGUGCUGGUCCUGGGGGUUCUGGUUAUCAGGUGGCUGUAGAAGCUGCAUCACCCUCAUACCAGUGUGCCAGUGACCCUGGAACCUACCCUCCUCCUCCACCUCCUCAGCAGCAGCAGCAGCAGCAACAGCAACCAUCUCAGGCCACUGUAUACACCAACCAGGUCAGCUUGAGCCAGAUUGAGCAGUUCAAGGCUCAACUUUACUCAGAUGUGGACUAUGUUAUAUACCCGAUGAAGGAUCCUGCUCUCAGCCGCCAGGAGUACAUGGAUGCUAAACAGGGGCAGGUUAUUGCCACACAAGCACAGCAGCAACAGCAGCAGGCAAGCAGUAGUAGUAGCAGUAGUAGCUUUGCCUACUUGCCUCCACCUCCUCCAUACCGCAGCCCCAAGCUGUCUCCACUCUACAGAUCAACACCCAAUGUUGCAGCAACCCUGAGUAGUUGCAGUGGUUUAGCCACAGGUGGAGGUGGCAGUGUCUCUCUUCUCUCCUCUUACCCAUCCUACCAGAGUCUAACCUCACAUCAACCUGGCUCAUCAUCUGGCUACUCCUCCAUGGCCAGGGGUCGCUGCUUCUCCCAGCAAUCCCUCGCCUCCUCCUCGCUUUCCUCUGCUCCCUCAGGAUACUCAGCCUCCACACAGAGUCUGACAGGGAGCUAUGAACCAUUCUCAGAAGUGAUGUUGAGGGCAAACUCCAUGCUCCGUGUUCGCUCAGAUGAAUCCAUUCUGUCUUCGACACUUGCAGACUCAACUGAUUCUCAUGCCCUUGCUGAGCAACCAUUGCCUCCACCCCCACCUUACCGGCCCAAGGAAACCUUGGACGGGCAUGGCCAUGCUGAGGCCACCACGGGAAGUGCUGGGAGGGGUCGCACACGAAAGUCAGGGGGGCGCCUCAACCUGCAGCAGCUGCGGGAGUGCAGCCAGUUCAUGGAUGUGCCACUCAUUGCUGCCCUCUGCUCGGACACAACCCUCCUCACACAUCCAGGUCGCACCCCAUCCAUUGACUCCACCUCAACCCCAGGCACCAGCACUCCCCCAGCUACCCAGUCUGACACCUCAGGCUCGCCAGGCACUCGCCCCUGGGACCUGGAUACAUCGACGACACCUUCCCUAGUGAGCACUGACUUGGGUCAGUCCACAACAGAUGCCCACCAUGUUAAGACAAAGCGCAAGCAACGUGGUGUGAAAGCAACUCGUAGGUACUCUCUCUCUGGCGUUUAUACAACAAACCAGGUGCCAGUCACUCAUUUGAAGUCAAAAAGUAAUAAGACAUUUAGUGGAGUUCAUCACCAUCCAACCCGAACUGGGCAACAGACCCCAGUAACCCAGGAGGUUGAGGACCCACACAACACUAAGAUCUCCUAAGAUGAUGUUUUUCAUAUUCUGCCUCAUAGCAGCAUUGUAAGCUUAAUGAACUUUGCAUUUAUUUUACAUUUUAUGUGUUUUCAGAUUCAUGCUGAAAAAAGUUUACAUAAUUACUGAAAUAGGAAGGUUUUAAUAUUUAGAACCGAUAUCAAACAACCAUAUAAAAUCAAGCCUGUAACUGGUUUUGAUUUUUCUCAGAUAAUGAAAUAACACCUCUAGGAGUUUAUAUACUAUCAUUUAAUAUUAAUAAUAGGAAGAUCUCAGCACUGAGAUAGAGCUUAGAGUCAUCCAUCAGCAACAUGGUGGAACCGGCAGGAACAUGGCAGGGCUCUGAGCCUCCAUCACCCUGAUCUCUUGGACAUUGGCUGGGCAGCAGCCUUUUACAUUGUCGUAAUCACAAACAAUCUUACUCAGGCAUAAUUUUUAUUCUUGUCUAUUGUUCAUACUGAUUGCAUGUAUUUACGCAUGUGCUACUAUUGGCAUGUACAUUGUUAGGGACAGAGCUCAUUCUUAGGUGUCAUCUCACCCUCCACAACCAGAUUCAAAAGCUAGACUGCUCAAGACAUCUUGUAUGUAUUUUGUAAUAAAAUUGUCAUAAUCAAUGCUCUGUUAUCAGUUUAGAGAAGAGAAGUCACAAAGUGACUCAUGCAGCCCAUUAGCACUGACUUUAUCAGGCUGUGAAGUCCUUAGUGACUGAUCUCCCAUUCUGUGCCACAGCAAUACUCCAGUAUUAGCAUCAUGUUAACUUCUGUUUCUGUGCUGGGGCUUUAUAUCUUAUCAUUUGUACCUUAGUAUUUUUGUUCACAUGUAAGGUAGGUGUACAGUGACGUAAGGAAUUAUGUAUAGCUCUAACACUGCAUCUGGAUGUGGGAGGGUCUCUGUAGACAGUAAGUAUUUGCCCAAUCACACUGUCAACUGCUGCCACCACCACUGCCAGUGUUCGGAAUGGUGAUGAUACCUUAGUAAGACUUGUAUCAUAGAUGGUAUUAGAUAUGCAUUAUGCUCAGGGGCAUAGGAUUUUUUUUCCUAACUCUCAGGCUGGGAUGAGGUGCCAACAGCCCUUACCCACUGGGAGGUCUGGGGCUUCCUCAGCCUCUUCUUCACUAUGGAGGUCUCCUCCAAUUCCUGUAUUUAUGUCUUUUGUUUGUGGGGGUUAUUUGUAUUGUUCUAUCUGUAAGUCAUUACUGAAAAAGUUUCCAGGAUGUAUUCCAGAUCUCAGCUCGAGCCACUUAUAUUACUCUGUGGAUGGCUUGAGAGUGAUUGAGGAGCAUUCGUGGUGAGUAUUGUUAAAUGAAAUUUGUGUGAAAACUUCAUAUGGAAAUUAGAAAUUCAAUAUUUGUGAAGAGAAAUACUGCAUGUAAUUCCUAUAUGUUUUAUGAAUAGUUAUAUGCUAGUUAAACCAACUUCCAUCAUUUAUCAUAAGGUAGCCAGUGAAGUAGCAAAAUUUACACGAGUGACAGUUAUUUAUCGUAAAUGUUUUUCACACAUUAUAAUUUCUUUCAAACCAACAAUCUGUAUAACAACAACCCAGGCUACAAGAUUAUAGCAACUAGUAGGCAGUGGGUGUAGUGUUAUUUUUUAUAUAUAGUGUAGGAUUAUUACUGUUUAAUUUGCAUUGUUUUGUAGUGAGUCCUGUGCUCAGCCAGUGAUUGCAGAUACUGAUGUAAUGCCCCUUUGUGCAUCCAGUCCUCUAGAAGGAAUCACAUGGCAUCACCUCUCCUUGCAUCAUUGCAUCAUUCUCAGGGUUGGGUAUUGGAGCUGUCUUUGUGACUUCCAUUUUUAUCUGCACACAUUUCUGAGUUUGUCAAAAUUAGUACAUAAGUUGAGCUGCUUUUGUCUGUUGUAACAUAUUUAUUUAUUGAAUUCUUUAUCACAUAGUACAACCAGCAGCUGUAGCCGUGACACCUGAAAUGUGUUCAUUAUGGAUCAUAAAGAUUGACCAAACUAAACUAUGAAAAAAUCUGGCUGCUCCACUCUGAUUCUUGUUAUUUUUAUUAAUUGUUGUCUUUUAUGAAAUCAAGCUGCAUUUGAAGUCCUUUCAUCAAAGGUGUUUAAUUUUAUAGUCAUGUCAGUGAGUUGAAGUUACUUCUUGUUUCAAUAAGAAUUCUCUGCAGAGCCUUCUUCCUAGUUACAUUUGAUAAUUGCAUAAUUAUCUGCUCAGUAGUACCUGAUAAAAACACAGCUUUCUCAUUCUUGUGUUGCUUCACUACAUGCCUGGUUUGUCAUCCAUGUUGAUAUGGGAACUAGACUACUGUCUUACUUCAUUUAGAAAAACUGAAAAAAGAAAAGUUCAAAAACAAUCAAUCAAUGUGAUGUCUGUCAACCAGACAUUGAUUAAAACUUCUUUACUACUGCAAAUCAUCUCCAAGAUCUGUUUGUCUAUGCUCCCAAAGUUACUGAGGUACCAGUGCAGGCACCACUACAGCUCGACAAUGCCUUUUGAAAGAAAGGUUUUGCACAGCAAGACAUUUGUAUGCGAAUGGCUUUUAAUUUAUUCCAAAUCAUAAAUCAAACCUUACACUACUCUUACUUGUUUUCUGAACUUUGUCUUGUGUAGGAGGUGUAGCUUUUUGGGAUGGAAAGGGAAUCUUUACUUCAUCACCAAUCAAAUGCUCUCACUGAAUGGUAGACCCAUAGUUCUUCAGAGGUGAUGUCCCAAGUACUAAUGGUGGGAUGUUUCAAGUCAGUGUUAUGUGCCCAUAUCUUGGUAAAUCAGGAACAGCCAUAUUGAGAUUCUCACCAUUCCUUUCACACAAAUACUCAUAGCCUACAUUUCAUGAAGUCAAAAUCAUAAGCAGUGAAUAACAUUAAUGAGGGGCAGACAUGAAGUUGUUAAAUGUUUGAAUUAGGAGUUUCAUCUGUUCUCUUAUGAAACAAUGGCAUCAUUUUCUUUAUACAUGCAGUUUUUUUGCAUGCACAGUUAGCUACAGGUCACACUAUUUAUAGUAGCAUUGUUUUUUUGGGGUCUCCAAAAGCAUUUGGAAUUUAUUAAAUUUCAGCUUCCCACUCCAGUUUUUUUCUUCACAUCAGCAUUCUUAUCAUAAUCAUCUCAUUUCCUACAAUAGUGGAGAAGGAAGUUGAAUUUUGAAGACAAGAAAACAUUUAUAUUUAUAGGGAAAUGAUUGCCCAGUUAAAUGAUUGAACUGAUCUGCUCCUACUUAUUUUGCAGUGUGUGUUUGUCUGUGUGUGUGUGUGUCUGAUGAAAAUUUAGAUUUUUUUCAUUUAUUAAUGAGUGUGAAGAUUAUGUAGAGGAAAUAUAAGAUGGGAAAUCAAGAUGUCAGUGGAAGUAUAUUUGGGGAGUGUUAGUGUGUGGGACACUGCAUUACUGGUUAACAAAUUAGAACUGUAGGUUAGUGUUACUACUGCUCUUUGUGUGUCAAGUUUAGGAAAUGCAGUGAAUUUUUGCUUUUGACUGUGCCAUGUUGAUCAGUGUGGUAUUUUGGUGUCUGUAAAAACCUGUUGAAUUUGUUUUUGUUUUAUUAAGUAUUGAAUGUGAAGUCAUGAGCAUUCCAUAGAUAUUCAUAGAUAAAUAAGAAUAUUAGAAAAUUCAGUGAUACUUAAGUGACCUUUUAGAGUGUGAUUUUUUGCUGUUUUUAUUUUUGCUUAAUUAUGUGUUUAUGUAAAUACUGUCAUGGACACUACUGUCAUGGCCACACAGGUCUAGUUUGGCCUUAUACUGUACUGCUAAAUUGUUACCUUUCAGAUGAAUGCAUGUUGUUCUUGUUUUAUUUAAGAAAGGAAACAAGUAAUGUAUUCUAGAAACCAGAGCCACAGGUGGUGGUUGAAAAACAAGCCUUUAAACAAGUGUCGCUUGCUGUACCACUAUGACCACUGCAUGAUUUUCAAUUGUAGCACAACAUUCAGACUCUUCUAAUGGUAUUUUCCAUGUUAACAAUCACCCUCCACAUAUCAGUCCAGUGAAUUAAUAAUUUAGUUUUCCAGUUAUACCAUAGCUUGUGAAAUUAUCCUAUAUUUUAGGUAUUGGUUCCCAUAAAACAAAGUUUUAAAUGGAGGUGUCCAAUCAAUGGUAUGUCUGCAUCUGUUGAAUAUUGAGGAACAUGGUCUAAACAUUGCUUAUCUAUCUUUACUGGACCUGAGAAGACAUUGUUUAGAUCAUUGUCAUUGGGUCUUUAACAAUGCAAUAAAAAUGCAAAAAUUUGGCAUCUUAACUCUCAAGGGUAAAAUUUUCAUAGACAAUCCCUGCCUAAUAAAAAAAAUGGAUGCAUCAUAUGUUGUGGACUUAAACCAAAAAAUAUAUAUUAUGUAUGCAUGCCAAUGUGUACAUACAUGUUAGUUGGAUGAAUAUGCCAUAAUUGUAGCUUGACUUGCAGUGUUCUGAUGGUGCACAUAGGGCGCUGAAUUCUAGGUAUAGCCUUCAGAAAUAAAAGAUUUUUAAGUGUUUUUUCAUACAAGAUUUGUCAGUUGAAUGAGUGGUUUGUGUAGCUGAUCCAUGUAUUACAUAUCGUCUGUUGAAUCUUUGUUACUACGUGGAACCUUCACUCCAUUCUUGGUUCCCAAUGUUGAUUGCACAGUAUAUUUUCAUUUCAAGACUAACUUAUUUUUGUAAAAUUAUGUUCAUGCUCAGCAUUUUUAUGAUAUUGAUUUAGUCACUGCCUAUGUCCAUCCAUUUAACAUCAUAGCUAAGUUUUGGGACUUCCUAUCACAUAGGUCACAAAUAAACAUAAGAUUUUGCAGUUCAAGUUAGUAAAAUUCCAUAUAAAUACAUACCAACCGUUCCUUUCUAAAAAAAGUUUGUCUUUAGGAAUCUGUGCAGUAGCAGAUACAUGCCUACUUUGAGGAGUUUGUUUUGACUUAUAGUCUUCCAAAUAUGUCGAGGCCGGUCUGACGUAGGCUCCCACGGGUCCUUUCCUCCCCUCUGCUCUUCCACACAGUCCCAACACCUAUCUCUUCCUCUCAUAUGUAAGCUAUAGGUAACAUAUGAAAGGAAAAAAUAGGUGUUGGGACUGUGUGGCAGAGCAGAGGGGAGAAAUGGACCUGCGGGAGCCAACGCCAAAACGGACUCGACAAUUUGGUUUCACUAUAGUUAAGUUGCCCUGCACAAGAGAAUGGGAGGUUAUUGCAGUGAUGGCAUUGCUUAUAUGCUCUGUUUCAUUCCUAAUUUCUUAUUAUGAGAGAGAGAGAGAGAGAGAGAGAGAGAGAGAGAGAGAGAGAGAGAGAGAGAGAGAGAGAGAGAGAGAGAGAGAGAGAGAGAGAGAGAGAGAGAGAGUGUGUGUGUGUGUGUAAGGGGAGUGAGCGUGAGUGUGUGCAAGGCAAUGGGUCAUAACUUAAACUAUGAACACUGUGGCUUCACCCUUCAGCAAAGUAAGCUAGUGUUAAUCUGACAGGGAUUAAAGACCUAGCUAAGUUUUGGGCAUGAUGCAUAUAUACAUAAUACAUAACAUGAAUUUGUAAAUAAAUUAUGAAAUUUGUGAGAACUUAAUCUUCAAAAUAGUAACAUAAAAUGCUCCUCACCUUGCAUAUCAACUUAUCCAAAAUAAGUGAUGCACACUGAGAUCUGAUGUACACACACACAAACACACACACACAU